AGAAUGGCGUAUAAAUGUGGGCGAGGAGACGGCGGUGAGCCGCCAUUUCGUGGGCACCGGGUGGAGUGGGUUUGUGUCGGAGCCGGAGCCGCCGCGGAGGGAGCAGCUCUGUCGGAACGUGUGGAGUUGGACCUCCGUCUUUCUAAGAUUUCGAAAUGCAUCGUGAUUCCUGUCCAUUGGACUGUAAGGUUUACGUAGGUAAUCUUGGAAACAAUGGCAACAAGACUGAAUUGGAACGGGCCUUUGGCUACUAUGGACCACUCCGAAGUGUGUGGGUUGCAAGAAACCCUCCUGGCUUUGCUUUUGUUGAAUUUGAAGACCCCCGGGAUGCAGCUGAUGCUGUCCGCGAGCUAGAUGGAAGAACGCUAUGUGGCUGUCGUGUGAGAGUGGAGCUGUCGAAUGGCGAAAAAAGAAGUCGAAAUCGUGGUCCGCCUCCCUCUUGGGGUCGUCGCCCUCGAGAUGAUUAUCGUAGGAGAAGUCCUCCACCUCGACGCAGAUCUCCAAGAAGGAGAAGCUUCUCUCGCAGCCGCAGCAGGUCCCUUUCUAGAGACAGGAGAAGAGAAAGAUCACUGUCUCGGGAGAGAAAUCACAAGCCGUCCCGCUCUUUCUCUAGGUCUCGGAGCCGUUCUAGGUCAAAUGAAAGAAAAUAGAAGACCAGUUUGCAAGAGAAGUAGUGUACAGGAAAUAACUUCCAUUUGCCAGGAGUAUGUACAGAAAAUUCAAGUUUUGUUUGAGACUUCAUAAGCUUGGUGCAUUUUUAAAGAUGUUUUAGGUGUUCAAAUUUGUCUGUUGGAACAGUGGCACACAAAAAUUCUCUAUGGUUUGAAAUGGAUCGUACGAGGCAUGUGAUACCAAGAAUUGUUACUUUACAAUGUUCCCUUAAGCAAGAUUGAAUUUGGUUUUGAACUUUAGUCUUACAUAGACCUAAAUCUUGGCCAGCUAAACAACACUGUCAAAAAUUGAACUAAGAUGUACUUUCUGAUAGCUGGUAUAUUAGUUUGCAGCUUUAGAUUAACAGGCAGUUUGUAAAAGCUGCUGUGAUGCAAGCCAGCAGGUAAAGAUAAAAGCUGUAUGUUAAAAUAGAUUAGAGGUUUUGAAAAACCCAGCUAGUCUUAUCCUGGGCAGAGGCUGUCUAAUUGGUUUAGAAUCUGGUAAGUUUCAAGAACGUUUACCUUCAUUUAGGUCAUAAAUCUCUUCUGUAAUUGCGAUCUUGUGUACAUAGCUGUUGUAUAACAGUCUUUAUUGGAAAAAUUGAGAUUUCAAAAAAUAACCAGUGUCCUGCCAGUUUAAGGGUACAUUGUAGAGCUGAACUUUGAGUUACUGUGCAAGAUUAUUUUUUCAUGCUGUCAUUUGUAAUAUGUUUUUGUGAGAAUCCUUGGGAUUAAAGUUUUGGUUACAAAUUGUU